AGUUCCGCUACCGACCUGAUUUAAGUCAUACCGCCUAUCAGAAAACGAUCUGGUCUCUAGUAUUGAUCUGUACCUUUUGCAUUCCUUCCCUCUUUUAUUAAUUUAUUAAGAUAUGAGUUUUGUACACGAAGAUUUUAAUUCAGAUGACGAGAGUAGCGAUGAAGAUUACAUUCCUGGAGGUGCAAAUUCAGAAGGUGAAAAAUCAUUAAGUGAAGAAGAUUCUGAGGUAGAUGGUGAUGAUGUAAAUACAGGAAGCAAAAGAAAAAUAAAGAAAAAAUCAAAGUCUUCAAAAAAAUCUAAACUCGAGGAAAAUGAAGAGGAAGCUACCGAAAAGAAAUCCGUUGAAGAUCGAAGAAAGAUGGGUAGUAUGCUUUUUGACCAAUUUUUCAAGGGCGCAAAAGGUCAGUCAAAGAGUAAGGAUAAAUCUGAAGAGGAAGCAGAAAAUAAUUGUGUCAAGAAAACCGGUGAAAAGAAACUAGAGACUACUUCAGUUAAAGCAGAUGAAAAAUUAACUGUAACUAAAGUAUUCGAUUUUGCCGGGGAAAAAAUAACCGUUAAGGAGGAAGUUAGCAAAAAUUCGAAAGAGGGAAGACUUGAACAAAAGAGAAUUGAAGAAGAGAAAAAAGCCGAUAACAAACCAGCCUGGAUGAAAAAGACCAAAACUAGUCUUACUGAUAGGUUAACGUCCAUGUCAACAAAGAAAAAAAUGACAAUAAUCAAUAAAUCUAGUAUGGACUGGAAUGUCUUUAAAAGUGAUUCAAAAAUCGAAAGCGAACUGGAACAACAUAAUCGCAGUAAGAAUAGCUUUGUUCAGAGACAAAAUUUCCUUCAAAAUACUGAUUUAAAACAACAUGAGUUGGAUAUCAACGCCAAACUAUCAAAAAGAUAA